AUGAGCUCCUGGCCGUGACCCCCGCGGGGGGACCGGGCUGGGGGUCCAUGCUCGCAGCCUCCACCCCGCCCGGCGCCUGCCAGUGACGGGGGUGGGGGGGGCGGGCACCCAGCCUCCUGCCCACCCCCUGGCGUCGGCACCGCGGGCCGUCUGGGGGGCUGCCUGCGCCCCCCUCGCCGGCCAGGUUCUGGAAGGACCCAGCAGCUGCCGCUAGCAUCAGCCCAUGGCCCGGAGGUACGAUGAGCUGCCCCACUACCCAGGCAUCGUGGACGGCACCACAGCCCUGGCUGGCUUUGCUGAGGCAGUGCCCUCAGCAACAAGAGCCCCUGGGCCCUACGGCCCACACCGGCCACCCCAGCCCCUGCCCCCGGGCUUGGACAGUGACGGCCUGAAGAGGGAGAAGGAUGAGAUCUAUGGACAUCCGCUCUUCCCUCUCCUGGCACUGGUCUUUGAGAAGUGUGAACUGGCCACAUGCUCCCCUCGAGAUGGGGCUGGGGCUGGGCUGGGCACACCCCUGGGGGGCGAUGUCUGCUCCUCCGAUUCCUUCAAUGAGGACAUCGCUGCCUUUGCCAAGCAGGUCCGCUCCGAGAGGCCUCUCUUCUCCUCCAACCCAGAGCUGGACAAUCUGAUGAUCCAGGCCAUCCAGGUGCUGCGGUUCCACCUGCUGGAGCUGGAGAAGGGAAAGAUGCCCAUCGACCUGGUCAUCGAGGAUCGGGAUGGUGGCUGCAGAGAGGAUCUUGAGGACUACCCAGCCUCUUGCCCCAGCCUCCCAGACCAGACUAAUACAUGGAUUAGAGACCAUGAGGAUAGUGGAUCUGUACAUUUGGGGACCCCAGGUCCAUCCAGUGGGGGCCUGGCCUCCCAGAGUGGGGACAACUCCAGUGACCAAGGAGAUGGGCUUGACACAAGUGUGGCCUCUCCCAGUUCUGGGGGAGAGGAUGAGGAGCUGGACCAAGAACGGCGGCGUAACAAGAAGAGAGGGAUCUUCCCCAAGGUGGCCACCAACAUCAUGAGAGCCUGGUUGUUCCAGCAUCUCUCGCACCCGUACCCGUCUGAGGAGCAGAAGAAACAGCUUGCACAAGACACGGGGCUCACCAUCCUGCAAGUCAACAACUGGUUCAUUAACGCCCGGAGGCGUAUCGUGCAACCGAUGAUCGAUCAAUCCAACCGCACAGGGCAGGGUGCAGCCUUCAGCCCAGAGGGCCAGCCCCUGGCUGGCUACACGGAGACCCAGCCACACGCUACUGCCCGGCCGCCGGGAUCUGUGGGGAUGAAUUUGAACUUAGAAGGAGAGUGGCAUUAUCUAUAGAGGAUGGAUUCAGGAGAAGUGUGACCCAGCCUCCAGACUGUGACCACCAGCCUCACACCUGUUCUGGGCCCCACCUGGCCCACUGGCUUUGGGACCCACUUCCAAAGGCCCCUUCACUCAACGCCUACCUCCCUGGGGCCCCGCUGGGACAUGGGGCCUGAGUGCCCACUCAAGGGUCUCUCCAGGACACUGACAAGGCCUCUAGGCCCUGAGCCUCACUUCUGCCCUCAGCUCUGCCCAGGACCCAGUUGAGAUCCUGGGCCUUGGUCUCCAGAAGAUGGUGGCUGAGGGCCCCACCUUCAGGAUAGAGAAGAGAUAGCGGGUGGUCUGGGUGGUCAGGAAAGGAUGGUUGCCUGAACCUGACAUUUUGGGGAGAUUCCUUCAACCUCCCACCCAUCCCCUUCUGCUUCCCCACCUCUCUUCUCUGAUGUUUUCCUUUUUUUUUUUUUUUAACAAUAAAGUCUUAAAAACAC